GUGUUGCCAUAAAACUCUCAUCUUCACCCACUAGCUCUCCGCCACGUGUACUCUCUAACCCUCCACUUUGGUCUUUUUAAGGCUUGCUUAAGCAUUUGCAUCCAAAUCUCUCUUCUUUUUUUCUCUUUCUCAUAACAACAACAAAAAAAAAAAACCCUAAUUAGUUUUCUUCUUCCUGCAGAGAUUAUGGAGGUACCGGUGAUUAAUAGAAUAAGAGAUUUCGAAGUUGGUAUAAACUCAAUAAACGAUCCUUCGUUUCUUUCUCGAUCUGUUGCUGUUUCCGGAAUCGGAAAGCUACACCAAGCUUAUGGUUUUUGGAAAUGGGGAGCUUUAAUUAUUGCAUUUCUAGCUUAUUUCACAAACUUUGUUAGUAAACUCAACAGUUUAGUUGUUAGGUUAAGAAAAAUAGAUGUCUCUGUUUCUUCUCCAACUCUUUUUGAUGAUUACGAUAGCGAUUCCGAUGUUUCUUCUUCGUCUACCGUCUCGUCUGACGAUGAAGAAGACGAAGAAGAUGAGUAUGAUGAUGAAGAUGAGGAUGUUGACUCGAUCUUUAAUCGAAGACGAGUCAAUGGUGGUUUUCGCGUGAGAGGAUCUGAUUAUUAUGAUGAUGUUGAUCAGGGAGAAAAUGGUAAUUGCACAUGGAUGGGGAGGCGAUGUAGUGGUAGUUUUGGAGAUUUGUUCUCGUGGCCUGAUCUUGGUGGGAUUGGUUCGAGUGGAGUCGUGAAGCUUUGGGAUCAUUUAGAUAUUGAUGGCGAUGAUGAUGAUGAUCAUGAGAAUGUUGUGGCUACGUUUCUCAAAAAUUGUAGCUCAACCUCGUCGCUUUUUUUGGCGGCGGAGAAGAAAGGUGUUGACGCUGUUAAAGUGAAUGCGUGUGAUCCACGCGCCGGUUUUAAGAUGCCGGCUUUGCUCGCGGAGUGGAGGCAGCCGGGGCGGUUGUUAGGGAAUAUUAUCGGAGUUGAUGCUGGUGGUGUGGAGAAAGUUUACGUCAGGGAUGAUGUUAGUGGAGAAAUCGCCGUGGGAGAUUUGAGGAAGUUUAACGGUGUGUUGACGGACUUGACGGAAUGUGAGGCUGAGACUUGGUGGGACGCUGACGUCGUUAUCUCGGGCUGACGGAUUUGUUGACGAGAGAAAAUAUUGGUUGGGACGGUUUUGUCUUAAAGUUAAGAGAACGGACGAAAGAUUCAACGCAAAAGUGUAAAACGAGAAACGACGUAACAUUUUGUAAAUAAUUUGUCUGUUUGCUUCUCUGCGAUUUAUUUUAAAAUUUUAGUUUUGAUUGAAUAAAAACCUCAGAUUAAU